GUGAAGUCCGUACUCAGCUGAAGAUCGAUCAUAUUCCAGUGGGUUCAACAAGUUGGAAAACUGUUUCUAACCCAUCCUGGAAUAAGACAUUUAAACUGGAUUUAGAUAAGGUACAUACGGCAUGCGUGUAUUAUUUUUUUUAUUUUGUUUUAGUUUUAAUCCAUUUGUGGCCCCAGGUAGAAUUAAUCAUUUAUAAAUCUUCAAACCCUGUAAAUAGUUGUCUAACUCUUAUUUCUAAACCUUUUAGGACCUUAAUGUGUCAGACAGUUAAAAUUUAGUUAUUUAACAUUGGGUUAGUUUAUCUUUCUCUAGAUAUUGUUAUAGGAUUUUUUAAACAAUCUGUGAUAUAGUGCAUAUUUUAGAAAAUAUUUGCCACCACAUAGUUUAAUUACUUAUUUCCCCCAAUACACAAGCUUGCCAUGUGGAUAGAAAAUGUAUAGGUGCAAACUGAUUUUAUGUUUACAUACUCACCACGUCUGGGUCUGCUUAAAGGACCACUAUAGUGCCAGGAAAACAUACUCGUUUUCCUGGCACUAUAGUGCCCUGAGGGUGCCCCCACCCUCAGGGACCCCCUCCCGCCCGGCUCUGGAAGGGGGAAAGGGUUAAAAACUUACCUUUUUCCAGCGCUGGGCGGGGAGCUCUCCUCCUCCGAUCCUCCUUCUCUCCUCCCGUCGGCUGAAUGCGCACGCGCGGCAAGAGCUGCGCACGCAUUCAGCCGGUCACAUAGGAAAGCAUUCAUAAUGCUUUCCUAUGGACGCUGGCGUGCUCUCACUGUGAAAAUCACAGUGAGAAGCACGCAAGCGCCUCUCGUGGCUGUCAAUGAGACAGCCACUAGAGGAUUAGAGGGAAGGCUUAACCCAUUCAUAAACAUAGUAGUUUCUCUGAAACUGCUAUGUUUAUAAAAACAUGGGUUAACCCUAGAAGGACCUGGCACCCAGACCACUUCAUUAAGCUGAAGUGGUCUGGGUGCCUAGAGUGGUCCUUUAAUGCUCUGUACACCUGACCUGGUAUGAACUGCGAUUAAUCUCUCAAAGUGAGCAAGUCCUGCUCAAGCCCACACAUGGAAGACUAGUAGCAUGGCUAGUAAUAGGGCAAAGAAUAUAACACUUUAAACAAAUUUAUAUCUUUUCAUUUACUAACCUCUAUAUACUGAUGAAAAACAAUUUUGUUCUUUUAAUGUGAAAAUUAUAAAAUGUGGUUUAAAUGUGUGGAAAUUGUUCCUUACGAAAACAUGAUUGGUCCAAAACUUUUUUUGUUUAAAUAACUAUUGCUCAUUUAAUUUUUACAUAGUCUCGGGAGCUAGAAAUAUCCUUAUAUUGGCAUGAUCAGCGAUCACUGUGUGCCACAAAGACUCUGAAGUUGGAAGAAUUCCUGUUGAACCCGAAACAGAAACUGUGCCUACAACUGGAACCACAGGGCACCCUUUUCAUCAAGGUGAGAACCAAUCUCUGGCCACUAUCAAUUUAUAGUUAUAUUUUAAUGUAAUAAUACAGAAAACAAAAGAAUGAUUACAUUACACAACUUUACAAUUGAAAGCUGGUGAAUGUUCACACUUGGUGAAUAAGUGUAUAAAUAUAAAUCAAACUGUACUGAAGUGUAAACUGAAAUGCACAACUUAGGUAACAAUAGGCGAUUUGAAAGCAUUCCUUAAGUCAGCAAUAGUAGUACCUUGGAUUUUUAGCCUUAAAGGACACUAUAUUAUGUUUUAAACUAUUUAUCUAAAUGAAGGGCUUUGCUUAUUGCGAUUACCUGUAGAAGAACAGAUUUGAAGCGGUUUACUUUUCCAUUUGUGUGUCUGUUUAUAUGUUGGUUUGGCAAAAUAAGAUAUUACCAUUUACUUCCUGCAGUUAACUCUUUCUCCUUGUUUUGGAAUAGGUGACGUUUUCCAGUCCUUUCAUCCAGAAAAGGCCAAAGCUUCAAACAAUUAGGAAAUUAAUCUCCACAAAACAAGGUAAGUGUAUGUUUAACAUGCCUCGCAUUAAAUAGCAAACUGUCCAUGGGCCUUUAAAGGCAUCUAUCAGGCAGAAAUGAUUAUUAUUUGGUUAAUGACAAGCGAUGAAGCCUUGUACCCCAGUACUAGCCCCCAGUGUGAUAGAAAACGUCAAGCUUGUCAAGCAGUGUGAAUGCACUCAGUAACCAGUGUGGGAUUUCACGUUCCAUUAUCUUACAGGUAGAGAGAAUGAUACAUAUACAUCCAUUCUAACAACCAUACUGCAGGAUGUACAUCUUAUAACAUAUACAGUAUACACAGAUUAAAUUACUUAUACCUACCUGAAGCUCAUCAUUUUCCCUGGAUGCCAGUCCCAUUAAACACUAAAGGCAUUGGCAUUAUUGGCUAUUGUAAUAUUAUAAGCCAUAACUCACAAUUAAUACAUUCAAAUAAAGUUCUAGGCUUGGAGAUUGUGUUCCUUGUUUUUUUGUUUUGCUUUUACGUUAGAGUUUUUGGAUUAUGAUGAAAGCAAUUCAUCCAUUAUUGAUCUCUGUGUAUCAUAUACAAUACUAAAGUUAUGUUCUGUGCUACUUUUAUAGAAGAGACCACCGAACCAGCUCCACUGGAGAAUGCAGCUAUUGAUGCUCACUCGCUGUCUGUAUCGGACACUGAGAGCGUGGAGUCAUCGGCGCCGACUUUAGAUCCUGAAACAGAAAAGACCAUCCAACCAGCUCCAGAAGAGGAUGUGGUUACCGACUCUCCUAUAUUGCUAGUAGCCACUGAGAGCAUGCACCCAUUAACACCCGAUGCUUGUACCAUUACAGAAGAGACCUUCCAACAACCUCUAGUGGAAGCUACAAAAAUUGACAAUGUACCAGUAGUGGACCCAGAGAUUGUGGAGUCAUCACCGCCAGCUAUCAACGCCAUCGCUGCAGAAAUCAUCCAACCACUUCCAGAGGAAGCUAGAAUUAUUGACAAUGCUCCACUGCCAGUAGAGGACUCUGCGAGCAUGGAACCAUCACCACAAGCUAUUGUAAGCUUGCUAGAAAUGACAAUCCAACCAGCUGUAGAAGAGGAUUUAGUUACUGACACUACACCAUUGCCAGUAAAGGACACGGACAGCGUGGAGCCAUGUAUGCCAGCUGUCAAUGAAAUUACAGAAAAGACAAUCCAACCACCUCCAGAGGAGGAUGCAGCUAUUAAUGCUCAUUCACUACCAGUAGAGGACUCUGAGAGCGUGGAGCCAUUGCGGCCAGCUGUCAAAGAUAUGGAAAAGAUAAUCCAACCAGCUCCAGAGGAGGCUGUAGUUAUUGACACGCCUCAAGUGCCAGCAGUGGACAAUGAGAAAGUGGAAUCAUCACCACCAGCUGCUGCUACUGAUAUGGAAAACAACAUCCAAACACCAACAGAGAAAGAUGCAGUUAUUGAUGUUGAUAACAUUGUAGAAGAAACCAUUGAACCACCAAAGGGUUUAGUUUGUGACACUGUUCCAUUGGCAGAAGCAGAUGUCGAAAAGCCAUCAUCAUCAGCUGGGUAUUGAGAUAUUCAUCUUUCUCAUCAAUGCUGUUAACGUAUACUAUGUGUUAUAGGAGCAUUUUGUUUUGGGUCUUUGUUUUUUCAUGAGGGAGGGGACUGUAUGUAAUUUUAAAUAUAUUUAAAAUUGUGUUCUUUUCUUUGCAGUAUUCAGCAAGGAGCUCGGCUGAGCAUUCAGGAUUUUGAUUGUCUCUGUGUGCUGGGAAGAGGAGCAUUUGGAAAGGUGGGCUUUGGGGUAAAUUCCACUUUCAAUAUAAAAGGCGUCUAGAUAAAUGCUAGGUCACAAUAUAUAUAUGUAUUUUACAUUUCAGGUUCUACUUGUUGAGGACAAGCGUACAAAUAUCAAAUUUGCUUUAAAAGCCCAGAAAAAACAAGACAUAACUGGAACUAUAAGAGUACCAAGGUCG